GUUUUGCAUUAGGUUAAAAGCAUUUUUGGUACUUCGCAAUUUUAUUUUGGAUGGUGUGUCGGUUCUAAUGGGCAUUGCAGUUUAUAACGGGGCAGUGUGUUUUAACAUAUACCAGUAUUUUAAAAUAAUUUCAAUGCAGUGUUGGCAAUGACUGUGAACUCAGCGAACUGCGGUCAAUUAGACUACCGUGUACCGGUACCGUACCGUACUUGGUAUUUCUGCUGAACUAUUACCGGUAGGGCCUACAGUAUUAGGGUACGGCAUUGACAGCAUAUGAAUUACUUAUGUUUUACACUCUGUAUCGGGUUCUGUUUUCUCUUCUAAAUCUAUAAUCCAAUAAUUUUUUAUUACAUUGCCAGUGCACCAUACCUAACACCUGAACACUGUUACACCAACCUGCCAACUGACCAACAAACCUAGCAGCAGUAUUGUAAAUCAAAGUUAUAUACCGGUAUUGACCGUGCAUCAGUAAUGCCUAGCCGUUGUGUAAUUGGAGGUUGCUCCAACACUCAUAGAGAUGGAGUGUCAUUGCAUAUUUUUCCGAAAGAUCAAGCAAGAAAAAAAUUGUGGGUUAAAUUUGUGAAACUAACCCGGUCAGAUUUCUCGUUUCAAACACACAAAAGACCAUUAAUCUGCAGUGAUCAUUUCAGUCCUGAAAGUUAUGUUGAGAGAAUGAAAUAUUGUGAUGAGGGCAGCCAGAGAGUUUUAAGUGAAGUUGCAGUGCCUUCCAUUAAAAGAGGCAGUGAUUUAGAAAAGAAAAAAGAAAGAUAUGUGGUGCAGAAAAGGAAGGGAUUGGUGAUCGCCAGUGGCUUUUCACAUGAUGAAGCUUCGUCAUCACAGCAAACACCAAUUUAUCAAAAUUAUGAUCCAGAAGAUACUGUGUGCAAUAAAACAGUUGAGCGGUAUAAGAAUAUGACAGUUACACAGCAGUCUAAGCAAACUCAGACUUUACAGAGACGUGGAAAUUACAGUAAAGCAUGCCAAUCCAGCAUCCAAUCAAGAUCAGUCGGCUUGCAAUGUGAUUUGAUAGCUGCACCUCCAUUGCAGCUGUUCAAAUCACAGGAGCAAAACAUGGUUGUCGACUCCGACUCGAUUUCUGAAAUGGAUGACGACUCAAGUACAGACAGUAGCUCUGACUUGAUUAGUGUUUCAGAUGAGUCAUGCAGUGCAGAAGGAGAGUCGUACGAAACUGUAAAGGAAAAAUACAUCGUUAGCCGACAUAAGCUUUUGCAACUCUUUGCUAGUUGUGAAAAGUGCUCAGGAAUUUGUGCUGUCGAUGUAGAAAGGGUGGUUGGAACCAUGGUGGUAAUCCAAGCCAUUUGUUGCCAGUGUGGGUAUAAUCGGCAUUGGGAAAGCCAGGAUUCCAUUGGUGGUAUACCAGAGGGAAACAUCCUCUUGUCUGCUUCCAUUUUGUUUGGAGGAUGUUGUCCCAAAAAAGUAUUACGAUCGCUUUGUAACUCAGGCAUAAGAACCAUCGCAUACAGUACAUAUCAACGACACCAGGAUAAAUACUUGCAGCCGGUGAUUAUUGCAUCCUGGGUUGAACAAAGAGCGGCAUUGCUGGCGGAGAGGAGAGGCAUGCCAUUGACUAUAGGUGGUGAUGGCAGGGCUGAUAGCCCAGGUCAUUCUGCCAAAUUUGGAUGCUACACUAUCAUGGACCUAAAAACAAAUGAAAUAAUUGAUAUGAAACUUAUUCAGAAAAAUGAAGUUACGAGCAGUAACCAUAUGGAGUUGGAGGGUUUAAAGAGAGGUAUAGAUGCACUUUUAGAAGAGGGAAUAAGAAUUGGCGAACUGAUAACAGAUAGACACCCAUCUGUGACGAAAUGGGUUCGUGAGAAUCUGGAACCAUCUGGGACGAAGCAUUUUUUUGACAUUUGGCACAUUGCCAAAGGUCUUGGUAAAAAGAUUGACUCAAAGGCUAAACUUACUGAUUGUGGCAUACUGCAAGAGUGGAGGCGGAGUAUUAUUAACCAUUUGUACUGGUCGGCGGGUAGCUCGGGGGGCGAUGGUGACAUGGUUGAGCAGAAAGUCAUGAGCCUACUUCGUCACAUCCGAAAUGUUCACACAGGACAUGGGAACCUAUACAUGGAAUGUCAACAUGCACCUUUAGGUGAUGAGGAAAAAAGGAAGAAAUGGAUUUUUCCAGGACAGAGAGCGUAUGAUGAAUUGGAGAGUCUUUUCGAUAACUUUAGGUUCAAAAAAGACAUCCGAAAGCUCUCACCAUUAGAUCAGACAUCUGGAUUGGAAGGGUUCCACUCCCUAUUGAACCAUUUUGCUCCCAAGAUGCUGUCGUAUGGUUACAAAGGAAUUUUCUGCAGAAUGUUAUCAGCGGUUCUACACCACAAUGCUAAUAGUGGAAGACCUCAGGCAAAAACAAAGGAUGGGUGCCUGCAAUAUGAGAUCCUGUAUCCUAGGGGGAAAAUGGGACAGCACACUGUUCGAAGAGUACGCUCUGAGCCGUGUUAUGCAUAUGUGAAAGUCUUGCUUCAGAAAGUUAUUUCAGAGGUUGAUGGCAGUUCAACCACAAGCCAGGGUGAUCUGUCACUGAUAUCAUCACCACCACCAACCUUGUCUUCCAGGUGUGAGAGGCCAGAUAAGGAGCUCGCAAUACAGGAGCUUCAAAGCCGUUUUAAUAGUUAAGUAAUGACAACUAGGGCUGUGGAGCCGAAAAAAAUUUACGCAAGCAAUUUCGGCUCUAACUUUUCAGGAAAUCAAAUUUGGCUUAUGCAAGCUUUUGUAGUUUUAGAAAAUUCAAAUGUAAAUUGUUAUCCCUAUUAAGAAGUUAAAAUGAAAAGAGAGACUAAUCUCUGCAAAUUAGGCUAUUUAAGUUUAAAAUUCGUAUCCAAAGGUCAAAAAAACAUGUCAACCUCGGCUCCACAGCCCAUAGUUCAUCAAAU